AUGUAUGAUGCAGUUUGUACAGUUCUUGAAAAUAUAAAGGAGGAUGGAUCCACAAGCUCCUUACGUGCGGAAGCUACUGGUGGAUACAAUGUGAUUAGGCAAUUUGAAUUUGUAUUCAUCUUGCAUCUAUUGAAAGAAAUUAUGGGACUCACAGAUAUCCUUUGUCGAGAACUACAACAUAAGUCUCAAGACAUUGUGAAUGCUAUGAACCUAGUUGGUACAACAAAAGAUGUCCUUGGAGAAUUGAGAUUAAAUGGUUCGGAAACUUUUAUUGGGAAAGUAGAUUUGUUUUGCAGGAAACAUGACAUUGAUAUGCCUAAUAUGAAUGCUCAAUAUAAAGUGGGAACAGGCCGUUCUUGUCAGCAAAAGGACAAUAUUACAGUUGAGCAUCAUUACCACUUUGACAUAUUCAAUGAUGCAAUAGAUUUUCAAUUGGCAGAGUUGAACAGUAGGUUCAGUGAAGGGGCAAUGGAACUUCUUAUUCUUAGUUCAGCUUUGGACCCUAGUGAUUCUUUUAAAUCAUUUGAUAUUGAUAAAAUUUGCAGCCUUGCAGAGAGAUUUUAUCCUCAAGAUUUCACUCCAAAAGAGUUACAUAUUUUGAGAUGCCAGCUGAAACUUUACGAGGCAGACGUACCUCAUCAUCCUGUACUUCAAAAAGUGUCUACACUCUCUGAAUUAUGUCAGGGAUUAGUUGAAACAAAAAGGGCAAACAGAUAUUAUUUGAUUGAUAGGUUGAUCCGUCUUGUGCUAACUCUCCCUGUUUCUACGGCAACUACUGAACGAGCUUUUUCAGCUAUGAAACUUGUUAAAACAGCUCUUCGUAACAAGAUGGAGAAUGAGUUUCUAGCAGAUUCUAUGGUUGUCUACAUUGAAAAAGAACUUGCUGACGAUAUCAAUUCAGAUGUAAUAACAAAAGAUUUCAAUUCUCUCAAGGAUCGCAAGGCACAACUUCAAUAA